AUGGCCACCAAGACCAAGUCGUUUGCCCUCAAUGGCGCUCACACGGCUGGCAUCUUUGCCGACAUGUCGGUUGACGGGCCCGUAAUCGGUACUCUAGUGGCCAUUGUCGACAGGGCCAAGAACUUGCCCAACAGAAAGACGAUUGGCAAGCAGGACCCUUACUGUGCUGCGAGGCUAGGGAAGGAGGCCAAGAAGACGACGACAGAUAUCCGAGGAGGCCAAACUCCCAAGUGGGACCAAGAGCUUCGAUUUACGGUCCACGACUCACCGGACUACUACCAGCUCAAGAUAUCUAUUUUUACCGACGACAAGAAGACCGAUCUGAUUGGAGAGUCGUGGAUUGACUUGAAGGGUAUUAUUGUCCCGGGAGGCGGCCAGAACGACAUGUGGCAAGGCUUGACUUGCAGAGGCAAAUACGCUGGCGAAAUCAGAGUUGAAAUCACAUUCUACGAUACCAGGCCACGUCCUGAGAAACCCGCAGCCAAGCAAAGGCAGCAGACCGCUACUGAGCAAGAUGCUACAGGCUUAGCCAAGCCAAAAACUCCCGUCAAGAGGCGACCUUUGCCGUCAGACCCCGUCACAGGAGAGGCACCCGUCACUCCCCCAGCUGCAGUUGCCUCACAGCCGGAACCCCAUCAGCAUCAAGCUACCCCUCGGUCACACAGCAAGUCUGCCUCACAUUCUGGCUUUGUUCCCAGCCAGUCACCCCUUCAGUCAGUCGAGUACAGCACACCUCCUCACCCGCAAGGCAGCAGACAGCAAGCCGAGUACUAUACACCUUCACCACAUUCGGCCCACCGCCAUGGCCAUCGCUCGAGAGAGUCAUAUGGUACUCCGGCACGAUACCAAGACGAUCGUGGCUUUUUGCAACGGGCUCAACCAUCUCCCUACGACCAGGCAGAUCCUCGUUCCGCCCAGGGUUCGUUUACCGAGCUCCACGAGCUGCCUGAAGAGAUGGGCUCACAACCGCCGUUUGAGGAUGAAGCACCCCCACCGCCUCCGGCCCAUCGAUCCAGGCAAAACAGUGCCGGGCCAGAAGUUUCACAUCGCGGCUCGUACGACGUGUCGCCGCAAAAGUCUCCGGUGCCAAUGAGACAGGACGUUCUUAAGAGCGAGGCUCACAGACACUCAAUAGCGGCAUACCCCGGGCAGCCUGUAUUCAAACCCUAUGACCCAACAUCAUCAGCUCCAAUUCCUAUCGCGCCCCGAAACGAUUCGCCCUAUGAAUCUUCUUCGUCGCGAUACCAGUCACAAAGCCCUGGCUAUAGCCCGCAGCACAGAUCCAUGCAGCCCACCGUUGAAGAUGUUCCAGACUCGCCUACGGGGUCUAACAGACGCAGCUCCCGGGCAGCGGUCUACCAGAGUGAAAUGGCGUUGGACACUGCUGCCAGCCAAAUGACUCAAAAUGUGACUGAAUCUCCUGUACACACAAGCACUAGAGAUCGUCUCCAGGACCAUGGCGCAUACCCUGCUCCAGUUUCACCUCUGUCUGUUCAGGAAUACUCGAAUACUUUGUCUCAAGUGCCACACGCGUCACAGUUACAGCGACCCGGCAGGCAUGGCGAUUUCGACCUCGUACACAUCCGGAACCCACCCAACUAUGGCACACCAGCAGUUCCUCCGUCUCUGUCUCCUGGAGUUGACCUGGCGCUAUCACAGGAGUUUGCUGACCGGAGAUACGAGGACCGACGCUAUGAGGACCGACGCUAUGAUAGUCGGUAUACACAACCAGUCGCGACUCCACCACGAGGCCGCCAUCGAAGUGAAGGGCCGCCGUCCUACACCACUUCUCCACACUCGUACACGCCUCAGUCUCACGACGGGCGCGCCAUGGUGACUUACAGCAGCCGACCUGAACCACUGGCAACUAAACCACGAAACUCCCCAAGCCCAAAUCCCAACCUGGAGCACACCAUUCGCCGCAAAUCCGUCAGCCCGGCACCACCGCCAUCAGAGAAUAGAAGGCAGUCUGACGUUCCUUUCGGACCGGACUCCUACGACGCAUUCAACCCCGCCAUGGGCUCGCCUGGAGCUGCCGACUCUCGCGUAGGGCGGGUGGACCCAAAUGCCAAGAUCAUCACUCAUGAUGGCCGAGAGAUUGACCCUUCUGAUCAUCUUCCCAUGGAGACGUGGGCUCCGGAGCCAGAGCCGAGGAGGAAACAGGCAUCACCCGAACCUCGUGCCAGGCCGUCACCAUCAGGAGCGCAGCCAAUGCCCCCGAGCGGGCGGAGACCUCUUCGCAUUGCUGCCCGUCCAGAUUCUGUAAUAACGCAGCAACAGCAACAACAACAACAACCACCGCCCUCAUAUAGCCAAGCAGAAGAUUCACGUACUCCUCCAACAAGUGGCCGUAAUCGCCUUCAAAAGAAGGCUCGAGCGUCUGCUGGCCAUAACAGCCUGCCCCCUGCUGCAUCAAGCCCGCUAGCUCCAAUUUCUCCCGAUAACUAUCAGGAGCGACAAGUACAGUAUACACCCACGCGUGGAGCCCAUCCUGGGGGCCUAUAUGACUACCCUAAUGAGAACUAUGCACCACCGCAUUAUGGGUCAGGACCACCGAUUCCUGCGAAGAUUCCUCUGCCCAUCAUGAGCGGUGCUAAUGGCGGAGGGGAACUGGCGCUCAUGGAGGAAAUGCAACGAAUUGACAUUGGCGCUGGACGAUCUAGGAGGCGGGGCGGAUAUUAA